CGAUUUCCGUUAUUUCCGGGCCAAGGAAAGUGGCACUCUGGGCGAUCAGCGGCCAAAGACCUGGCCACUGUCAUUGUAAGGUGUCCCCCUCCACCAGCACUCUGCAUCUUUGCCCUUCUCCCAGUGCCCAGGAGCUCUAGAUCAGGAAGGGGGCAGGGCGGCAGGUUCCCACUGUAAGAGGGCUCCGCUCCUGGACUAGGGCUCCGCUAGCAUUUGCCCUAAAUCCUGGAACCCAAUGGCGCGGAUCUAACCAUAUGGCCAUCUUUUUUCAAUCCCUUCCCCCACCCCCACCCCCAUCCCUUCCCUUUUCUGAGCCUCUCCCCCGUCUGGUUAAGGCUGGCAUAAAUAGUUGGAUCUGGUCCACUGUCAACCCCGCCCGCCGCCUCUCCUCCCCGCCCACCACCCACCUCCUCUUCACUCCUUACACCAUCCACCCACCCCGAGGGAGAAGGGUAAAAGAUGCCCUGAGAACGAAAGAAGCUGUCCCACCUUCAACCGAACUGAAGGAGGCACCAGGCAGGGAUUGCCCUGUGAGUGACAUCCUUUCCAGAAGAGGGAUGAGGGGCGAGGAGAAGAAAGCAAGAGAGAAAUGCAGCAGGAUCUAUCCCGCUUUGGGCUCCCAGGGACCAUACACUUCAUGUCCUUAUCUAUCUGAGAAGACCUCACUGGAAAAAUUCAACUAAUUCUGUCCUUGGAAACUUCAGUCUGAUAGAGAUCAAGAGCCACUAAAGCCGAGGUGCUGGGUCCUCAAGCACUCAGGGCUCUGGGGUAGCUGUGUUUGAUGCUCCCUCCUCUCCCACCCCCUCAAUCGGCAUGCAGCGACCAUUUCUCCCCUGGUCUUAUCUACAGGAUUUGAAGGUGGAAACACUUGAAAGGAUUACAAGCGUGAUUUGGUGGCAUCUCUGAAAGUUGUUGGCUGGAGGAAGAGAGAGAACAAGGUGAUGGCGUUAUGGAUACAAUUCAUCUUAAGGAGUUUGCAGCUCGCCUAGCCAAGCCACUCAGAGUAAACGCCGCCGGGAGUGCUUUAGUCCUCAACAUGGAUAGGUAUUGACUGAGCUCUUUUUCUACUUUGCCUAAUUGAAAUCAAUAAUCUAACCUCAAUGUUUUUUAGUGCAGGCAUGCCUACUAUAUUUAUGUAGGCAUGGAUGUGCUGCCCAUGUUUCAAUGAGUCUUGCAUUUUUAUUCAGUGCUUGAAUGUUUAGCAAAAUGUCUAGCAAGAGAAUGAAAAGGGACAAGAGACGGAUAAAUGUAUGUCGAACCCCUUGUAAUUAGAGCAGGUGGUGAGCAACACCAAUAAAUAGGCCAGGUGAAAGAUCUGAGGCUUCCCUCUCCUUCCCUGCCCCCACCCCCAUCGGCCUGUAUACGUUGCUCUUAGAAUAAAAAAAAAAAAAAAAAACUGAUUUUUGGCCUCUUAUACUUGACCAUUCUGAACACCAAAGCAUUUUGCCUAGAUGUCAGAGGAUUAGGGAGGGGUUUGUAAGAGGCUUCUAAAAAUGCAUGAUGCGGCGUUUAAAUUAUUAUGGUUAUUAUUUUCUGGGGAAAAGCUCUUUCUGCCUCCAUAGUGGCACAUUCACUCAGCUCCAGGGAGAUCUCUUGGAAUUAAAGAGUAGGGUGAUGCUAUUGACUGUCACCCUGGAGCCUGGUAGAGUUGGGGAGAAAGGACUCCUUGUCCUGCUCUUUGAUAAGUAAAUGAUGUCUACUGUCCAGUGCAAUGAUCUGAUGAAUGGGGGCUUCUUGGGGUCCCUUUGCCCUCUAACUUUUAGCAUCCCCCCAGGAAGGAUGCUCUCGAAAAACUGGGGUGGAGUGGAAUUAACUGUUUAGUUGGAGUCGAAGAGCUUCAAUGAGUGUAAUUAAAGAGAAAACAACUCCCAGUUCCGGGAGGGUCAUUUACAAUCACUGCGUUGUUGCAAAGGAUGAAAUUUCAGUUGCCCCAUGUUUCCUCAGCAGAUCGUGGGUUCGAAUAAGAUCCUGGAAAUAUUCUCGAGGCUCUGCAUUGGGUGGGGGGCAGAGGGUGGAAAGAGGAGAAUGGUUGGGGGAGGGGAGCUGAGGAAGAGAAGGGGAUUGGAUUGUUCAUAGCUGAGAUGGGGAACUCAGUGAGUGUGUGUGUGUGUGUGCGCGCGCGCCCAAGCGCGUGUGCGUUUAUAUGUGCAGGAUGCCAGGCUGGUUUACCUUGAAUAUGAAGGAACAGGGGUGGAUCUAGCGUAUUAGAGGGAAAAUCGAACCCAAUUGUGGCAUGGUAUAUGAGACGAUCUUUAUUUAGCAGCGUCUACAUUGCUUAAUUGACUGCAGUUUCUCUUUAAAGCUCAUGGGACCUGGGGUGGGAAUGUACAUGCAUUUUUAGCGCAUGUUGUCAUGCAUGGAGGGGCUGAAUAGCUGGAAGGAGUGAAUUGUUUAUGGGGAACCUAGAUGUUUGAACCUCUUAAGUUUCAAAAUGGACAAUCAAGGGGCGUGUUUUUCUUGACAAUUUCCUGGCGACACUUGCUGGAAAAUCCCCCUGCUAACUUUGAGUCCUGGGAAAACAGAGAGGCAGCCCAGUGCUGGGGCCACAAGGUCUCUUCCAAGUGGACCUCUGACCAUCUGAACCCAGAGGAAGCCGACCAGCUGAGAAUUUCUUCUAAGCAAUUUCUUUCUGUGCCCACCACUUACUCUACCUUCUCUGGUUUCUCAACAAAGCUGCAUUACCUUUUUUUGCGGGCUUUCCUGAAAGGAGGUGAAGAUGGAGCUUUAAAAAGGAGAGGAGAAUAAUCUUGGAGACUGAUAUGAAGAUCUGAAUCCUAACCUGCCGGGUGCAUCACCCUCUCUCACGCAUACUGAACGUCUUCCCCCCCCCCUCCUUUCUCCCUAAAGAGGAGUUGGGAGGGAAGGCUUUGGCAACAGGAGCAAAGGGGUUAAGGUACUCCUCCCUGCCUCGAGCUUUUCCCGUUGGAAGAAUGCGAAAUGCCCUGCUGUUACCCGAGUGAUCCGCUUCUCUUCCCAGUGAUUUGCUUUGCCUCCCUCCCUUUGAAAGCAGCAAGCCAACACGAGGCUGUUGAAUCCCAGAGAGGAAGAAGAAGGCUUCAGCUGCGGCACCAACAAAAGAACUCUGGGUGCAAAGAGAGUGGACGGGAAUGCCAGCCACUGCUGGCACCCGGCAGCCCCCCCCCCCCCACCAAGGGGUGGACUGGGCUUGCGUUUCAGGGUACCCGGACACAUUCGGGAGGGACUUCUCGGCCCCCUGCACCCAGGUCUCUUCUCGGUCAGUACUUGGAGAGGGAACUGUCUGUCAUUCAGGCCGGGGCUUCAGGGAGGUUUAGGGGCAGGCCGGCAGGCAAUCAUACUUUCCACACCUUCUGAAUCUAUGGAGCCUAGCUGGACUUGGUGGGAGCCAACCCGCUGGUGCUCUGCUUUCCUUGCGGGAGAGUUCAAGGCCAAUCCCCCCUCCCCCGCCCCCGUCAUUGAACUCCCCUCCCCCUCUUCUCCCCAAUUGAAAUUAUUCUCUGUGGCUGUUACUUCUUUCUCCUUUUGGUUUGCUAGCCUGGGUCGCUUCACCUCACCCCCUACCCCCAGUUAACAGAAAGACAAACGCGCGCUCAUGCAUAUACACACACACACACACACACACACACACACACACACACACACACGCUGGAGAAAACUGUGCAGUCAGGGCUUCCCAGUGCGCGCUCCCGAACCCAUGCUAAGCGCGUCCCCCCUUCAUUUGUUCCUUUUCUCGGAGCUCAUUUUCAUGACGUGGAGAAGCCUGAUCCAGGGCAACAACACAUUAAAAAAAAAAAAAAAACAAGCGCGCGAGAGAAGCCCGAGAUCCUCCACUGUGAUUGAGCCUCCCUUCCUUCCACCCAACCCCCUCACCGAUGUGCUGCUGGUGCCCAGAGAAAGCAGCAGCAGCAGCAACAGCGGAGCCGGGUGCCUGCAGCAGCCCCCUUCUUCAUCCUCCAUUGAGUGUGCCAAGCGGCAGCUCUGCCUUCUAAAGAAGCCCCAUUGAGGAGCCCAUCGCAUUCACAGCACGUCUAAGGCUUGCAUUAUUUUUCCUCAAAAAAAAAAAUCUUUUUUUACCCCUUUUGCUUCAGCCUUGACUGGAGGAAAGGAGAAAGGGAGAGAGAAAGAGAGGGAGAGAGACAGAGAGAGACAGAGAGAGAGAGAGACAGAGAGAGAGAAUCCUUAAACUCUAGGUUUUUUUUUUUUCAGAUGUGCUAAAAAAAUUAAAUUAAAAAAAAUUUCCUUCAAAACAGUUUGAUCAACACUGAGUGAUGAAACCUCCCAUGGCCGAAGCACUCCAGAAAGGAAGGAUGCUGUGGAUAAUUCUUUUAAGCACAAUUGCCCUAGGAUGGACUACACCCAUUCCCUUGAUAGAGGACUCAGAGGAAAUAGAUGAACCCUGCUUUGAUCCAUGUUACUGUGAAGUGAAAGAAAGUCUUUUCCAUAUCCAUUGUGACAGUAAAGGAUUUACAAAUAUUAGUCAAAUUACUGAGUUCUGGUCCCGACCUUUUAAACUUUAUCUGCAGAGGAAUUCCAUGAGGAAACUGUACACGAACAGUUUUGUUCAUUUGAACAACGCUGUGUCUAUUAACCUUGGGAACAAUGCUUUGCAGGACAUUCAGUCUGGGGCCUUCAGCGGCCUCAAGAUUUUAAAGAGGCUCUAUCUACACGAGAAUAAACUGGAUGUCUUCAGAAAUGACACUUUCCUUGGGCUGGAAAGUCUGGAGUAUCUGCAGGCAGAUUACAACGUCAUCAAACGAAUUGAAAGUGGGGCCUUUCGGAACCUGAGCAAAUUGAGGGUUCUAAUCCUGAAUGACAACCUCAUCCCCGUGCUCCCAACCAAUUUAUUUAAGGCUGUCUCUCUGACCCAUUUGGACCUUAGGGGAAAUCGGUUAAAGGUCCUUUCCUACCGAGGCAUGCUGGACCAUAUUGGUAGGAGUUUGAUGGAAAUCCAGCUAGAGGAAAAUCCCUGGAAUUGUACCUGUGAAAUUGUCCAAUUAAAGAGCUGGCUUGAACGCAUACCCUAUACAGCUCUGGUUGGGGAUAUUACCUGUGAGACCCCCUUCCACUUUCAUGGUAAGGACUUGCGGGAAAUCAAGAAGACUGAACUCUGUCCUCUGCUGUCUGACUCUGAGGUGGAGGCCAGUUUGGGAAUUCCCCAGUUGUCCUCUAGCAAGGAGAAUGCAUGGCCUACCAAACCCUCUUCCAUGCUGUCCUCUGUCCACUUCACGGCCUCUUCUGUUGAGUACAAGGGUUCCAACAAGCAGCCCAAACCCACCAAGCAACCCCGGACACCUAAGCCGCCCCCGACGUCCAGAGGCUUAUACCCUGGGCCAAACCAACCCCCUAUUGCUGCUUAUCAGACCAGACCCCCAAUUCCCAUCAUCUGUCCUACGGGAUGCAUCUGCAGCUUGCAUAUUAAUGAUCUGGGCUUGACCGUCAACUGCAAAGAACGGGGAUUCAAUAACAUCUCUGAACUUCUUCCAAGGCCCCUGAAUGCCAAGAAACUGUACCUGAGCAGUAACCUGAUUCAGAAGAUCUACCGCUCAGACUUUUGGAAUUUCUCCUCUUUGGAUCUCUUGCACCUGGGGAACAACCGGAUCUCCUACGUCCAAGAUGGCGCCUUCAUCAACCUGCCCAAUCUGAAGAGCCUCUUCCUGAAUGGCAAUGACAUAGAGCGGCUAACGCCCGGCAUGUUCCGCGGCCUCCAGAGCUUGCACUAUCUCUACUUCGAGUUCAAUGUCAUCCGGGAGAUCCAGCCGGCAGCCUUCAGCCUCAUGCCCAACCUGAAACUGCUGUUUCUCAACAACAACCUGCUGAGGACGCUGCCCACCGACGCCUUCGCUGGCACCUCGUUGGCCCGGCUCAACUUGCGGAAGAAUUACUUCCUCUACCUUCCAGUGGCAGGCGUCCUGGAGCACUUGAACGCCAUUGUGCAGAUCGAUCUCAACGAGAACCCCUGGGACUGCACCUGUGACCUGGUCCCACUCAAGCAGUGGAUCGAGACCAUCAGUUCGGUCAGCGUGGUAGGAGAUGUACUCUGCGGGAGCCCGGAGAACCUCACCCACCGGGACGUGCGCACUGUGGAGCUGGAAGUUUUGUGCCCAGAGAUGGUGCACCUGGCGCCUGCUGGGGCCUCUCCAGCCAUGCCUGGUGACGUACAUCCUGCCGGGGGCCCAACUGGCGCUUCGCCCUAUGAGUUCGCCCCUCCCGGGGGUCCUGUGCCCCUCUCCGUGCUGAUUCUCAGUCUGCUGGUCCUCUUCUUCUCUGCUGUCUUCAUUGCCGCUGGGCUCUUUGCCUUUGUGCUGAGGAGGCGUAGGAAGAAGCUGCCCUUUCGUAAACGCCAGGAAGGGGUGGACCUGACAGGGAUACAGAUGCAAUGCCACCGCCUUUUUGAGGAUGGCGGAGGAGGUGGAGGUGGUGGAGGGGGUGGUGGCGUUGGGGGGCGGCCCAGCCACCCCUCCCCUGAAAAAGCUCCCCCUGUGGGUCACGUCUAUGACUACAUCCCCCACCCAGUGACCCAGAUGUGUAACAACCCUAUUUAUAAGCCCCGAGAGGAGGAAGAAGCCUCCACAGUGGUGGCAGGCCAGGAGGCUGGGGUGCCUGAGAGGGGGGGUCCGGGGACACAGCCCCCGGGAAUGGGCGAGCUCCUGGGCGGGGAGCAAUUCCCUGAGACAUCUAAGGAGAAUAACAGUAACUACCGGACCUUGCUGGAGAAGGAGAAGGAGUGGACACUGGCAGUGUCCAGCUCCCAAGUCAACACCAUAGUGACCAUGAAUCACCCGCAUCCUCACCCCCAUCCUCACCACCCAGCCGGAAGUGGGGUGGCGGGGGUUGUGGGCAGCACUGGGGGGGACUUGGCUGGGUUUCGGCACCACGAAAAGAAUGGAGGGGUGGUGCUUUUCCCCCCCGGGGGAGGCUGUGGCCCUAGCAGCAUUCUGCUUGAUCGAGAGAGACCCCAGCCCACACCUUGUACGGUGGGCUUUGUGGACUGUCUCUAUGGUACAGUGCCCAAGUUAAAGGAGCUGCACGUCCAUCCUCCUGGCAUGCAAUAUCCAGACUUACAGCAGGACGCCAGACUCAAAGAAACCCUUCUGUUCUCGGCUGGAAAGGGCUUCACAGACCCCCAAACCCAAAAAAGCGAAUACCUCGAGUUAAGGGCCAAACUCCAAACCAAGCCGGAUUACCUCGAAGUCCUGGAGAAGACAACCUAUAGGUUCUAAAGGAAAGAAUAAUAAUAAUAUAAUAAUAAUAAAAUUUAAAAGGUUUAGCGCUUUUUUUUUCAAAAGGAAAAGAAAAAAAGAAAUAUAUCCUUUCCCCAAUUUUCACCCAAUUCUAAUGAGUCAGUCCUUUUUCUUCCUCAGACCCUGCCCUGUCCCCAGCAAAACAAAAUCCGCAUGAUAACUAGAGAAUACAGAUGUAUGCUCUUACCCUCCCAGAUGUGUUUUGGAGGAUGGGCCAUACUCAGAUCAUUAAUCAAUGAAGUGCCUUCGCAGACUUUUGCCAGCAAAUGUUAUCAAUCAUUAUUUUUUAUACUGAAACUUGAGACUUUUGACUGUGCCAUGUUAAAGGUAUAUUAUCUGGGAUCUUUGUAUUGAUCCUGAUUAAGUAAAAUUCUGUGGUUUUUUUUUUCAGUAA